GCGGCCUCAGAGCCACCCGCGCCCGCCCCGCCCCGCCCCGCGCCGUCCCCCGCCGGCUCCGCAUCUCGCGCCCGCCCGCCAGCCGGCCCGCCCGGCGCCGGGCCAUGGCGCUGCUGCGGGACGUGUCACUGCAGGAUCCGCGGGACCGCUUCGAGCUGCUGCAGCGCGUGGGGGCCGGGACCUAUGGCGACGUCUACAAGGCCCGCGACACGGUCACGUCUGAACUGGCCGCGGUGAAGAUAGUCAAGCUAGACCCAGGGGACGACAUCAGCUCCCUCCAGCAGGAAAUCACCAUCCUGCGGGAGUGCCGCCACCCCAACGUGGUGGCCUACAUUGGCAGCUACCUCAGGAAUGACCGCCUGUGGAUCUGCAUGGAGUUCUGCGGAGGAGGGUCCCUGCAGGAGAUUUACCACGCCACUGGCCCCCUGGAGGAACGGCAGAUUGCCUAUGUCUGUCGAGAAGCACUGAAGGGGCUACACCACUUGCAUUCUCAGGGGAAAAUCCACAGAGACAUCAAGGGAGCCAACCUUCUCCUCACUCUUCAGGGAGAUGUCAAGCUGGCUGACUUUGGGGUAUCAGGCGAAUUGACAGCAUCUGUGGCCAAGAGGAGGUCUUUUAUUGGGACACCUUACUGGAUGGCUCCAGAGGUGGCUGCUGUGGAGCGCAAAGGUGGUUACAAUGAGCUGUGUGACGUCUGGGCCCUGGGCAUCACUGCCAUUGAGUUGGGAGAGCUGCAGCCCCCUCUAUUCCACCUGCACCCCAUGAGGGCCCUGAUGCUCAUGUCAAAGAGCAGCUUCCAGCCACCCAAGCUGAGAGACAAGACUCACUGGACCCAGAAUUUCCACCAUUUCCUCAAGCUGGCCCUGACCAAAAAUCCCAAGAAGAGACCAACAGCAGAGAAGCUUCUGCAGCACCCAUUCACAACCCAGCAGCUCCCUCGGGCCCUCCUCACACAGCUGCUGGACAAGGCCAAUGACCCCCACCUAGGAGCCCUCUCACCUGAAGACUGUGAGCUGGAGACUUAUGACAUGUUUCCAGACACCAUUCACUCCCGGGGUCAUCAUGGCCCAGCUGAGAGGACCCCCUCAGAGAUCCAGUUUCACCAGGUGAAAUUUGGUGCCCCGCGCCGGAAGGAAACAGACCCACUAAAUGAACCAUGGGAGGAAGAGUGGACGCUGCUGGGGAAGGAGGAGCUGAGUGGGAGUCUGCUGCAGUCAGUGCAGGAGGCCCUGGAGGAAAGGAGCCUAACCAUCCGGCCAGCCUCAGAACUCCAGGAGCUAGACUCCCCAGAUGAUGCCAUGGGAACCAUCAAGCGAGCCCCAUUCUUGGGGCAGCCCCCCUCUGAGCCUCCAGCUGAGGACCCUCUAUCCAGUCCCUCAGGAACACUGCCCCCACCUCCACCAAGCCCUGACAGCCCACCACUGUUGCCCACUGCCUGGGCCACCAUGAAGCAGCAGGAGGAUCCUGAGAGGUCAUCCUGCCAUGGGCUGCCCCCAACCCCCAAGGUGCAUAUGGGUGCCUGCUUCUCCAAGGUCUUCAAUGGCUGCCCCUUACGGAUCCAUGCUGCUGUCACCUGGGUUCACCCUGUUACUCGGGACCAGUUCCUGGUAGUAGGGGCUGAUGAAGGCAUCUAUACCCUGAACCUGCAUGAACUGCAUGAGGAUACACUGGAGAAGCUGAUUUCACACCGCUGCUCCUGGCUCUACUGCGUGAACAAUGUGCUGCUGUCACUCUCAGGGAAAUCCACACACAUCUGGGCCCAUGAUCUCCCAGGCCUGUUUGAGCAGCGGAGACUACAGCAACAGGUUCCUCUCUCCAUCCCCACCAACCGCCUCACCCAGCGCAUCAUUCCCAGGCGCUUUGCUCUGUCUACCAAGAUUCCUGACACCAAAGGCUGCUUGCAGUGUCGUGUGGUGCGGAACCCCUACACAGGCAGCACCUUCCUGCUGGCUGCCCUGCCUGCCAGCUUGCUCCUGCUGCAGUGGUAUGAGCCCCUGCAGAAGUUCCUGCUGCUGAAGAACUUCUCUAGUCCCUUGCCCAGCCCAGCUGGGAUGAUGGAGCCACUGGUGCUGGAUGGGAAGGAGCUGCCACAGGUGUGUGUGGGGGCCGAGGGGCCUGAGGGGCCCGGCUGUCGAGUCCUGUUCCAUGUCCUGCCCCUGGAGGCUGGCCUGAUGCCUGACAUCCUCAUCCCAGCUGAGGGGAUCUCAGGCUCAGCCCAGCAGGUGAUCCAGGUAGACAGGGACACAGUCCUUGUCAGCUUUGAACGCUGCGUGAGGAUUGUCAACAUGCAGGGUGAGCCCACAGCCAUGCUGGCACCUGAGUUGACCUUUGACUUCCCCAUUGAGACUGUGGUGUGUCUUCAGGACAGUGUGCUGGCCUUCUGGAGCCAUGGGAUGCAAGGCCGCAGCCUAGACACCAACGAGGUGACCCAGGAGAUCACAGAUGAGACGAGGAUCUUCCGUGUCCUUGGGGCCCACAGAGACAUCAUCCUGGAGAGCAUUCCCACUGACAACCCGGGCGCCCACAGCAACCUCUAUAUCCUCACAGGCCAUCAGAGCAGUUACUAAGUGUCAGGCCUGGCCAGUGCACCCUACCCUACCCCCUUGCCUUAGCUGUAGGCCCUGUGGGCAAUGGAGCCCCUCCCAGAUAGAGGAGCUCUGGCCCUGCUGGAGCUGAUGGGCAGAAAUAAUCCUAAGAAGUAUUUAGGGGCUGGGGAGGGAGGGGAGGCCACCCCUUACUUCUGCAGUAACUGGAUCAGAAGAAGCUGGGGUCACCUCCCCCUCCUGCAGGGGCAACCCAGUCCUUAGUGCCCCAAGGCAGGGGGCCCUGGGCCUUCCAUUCCAUUUUGUUCCAUAUUUCCUUUCCACUCAUUCUGCCAAGAGCCCGCCCCAGCACUCUGUCCAGGGGAACAAGGUAUUUAAAAAGAGAACUAUAUUGGUAUUAAUUAAACUAUAUUGGUUUGGUUUACUCCUCUGGUCCCUCUGGGUGGGGGGAAUUGAGCCCA